AUGUACGUUAAAGUCCCCGACCCUACGCCAAACUGUGGCUGGUCAAUAUAGCAUUCUUACAUAUAUGUGCCAUCAGUAGAAGCCUCUAUUUCGAAGACGAUGAUGGGCCCGUGAAGUGAUAUCUUGUACCUAGCCUGUGGAUCCUUUGUCUGCUCUUUCCUGUUUCCUGUUUCUUCCUCAUGCUUCUUUCCUGUUUCUGCCACCAAGUCGACCGAGUUUUUCUUUUCUCGUCGUUUCUGAAAAUCGUUUGCUAAUAGUGAUUAUACAGAUGACCAAGGUCUUCCCUCUCUGGACGAAGCCACUCUUUCUGUUGAUGCUCUUGUCGCAGACAGCACUAUUGACGACUUUGGACCUCGCCUUCCGGAUCAAUACGAGACUGCGGUUUCUCGAUCAUCAACUCCUACUGUACCUCCAGGUUUCGAACUACCUCAUGCGCACCCCCCUCCACCCGCUGUGCAGGAAGCGCCAAUCAAACCCCCCUCAAGAAUUGUCCCCACUUCGGCACCUUUUACACCUUCGAGGAGUGCUUCUUUUAUUCCAAGGACGGCCACGCCUCUAUCUAAUGUAUCACUACCAGAUGUAACUCCAAAGAUUGUACCACAAACACCAACUUCACUUGCAAAGCAAGAUGUAAAGGCUCUUGCGACAACCACUGGGCUUUCCAAGACAAUUGUAUCACAGUCAUCUAAAACACUUCAAUCUGAAGACUUUCCUGCUUUGGACUCGGUAAAGUCGAAGGCCCCUCCUGUAACACCAAGCAAAGCUCCAAGGACACCAGCCGCGGGUAGUAAGAAGAAUGUACCGGUUACUCCAACUCCUACGAUGGCAGUACCUGUAACGCCCACUCCAGCCAAAAGUGAGAAACGUCCACCACCAGGGAUUCUUAAUAUUUCAGUUCCUUCAAAGCCAGGACUGAAGACAACAACUCCCUCUGAGCCACCAAGUAAGCCUAGCGUAGCUUCUUCAGCAUUUCCCCCUCUACCUCCAAGCACCCCGUCGGCAAGCUCCACACAGUCACCUUUGGUUCGAGGAACUCCAAAGACCUUGCGACUUGUUCCUUCAAAAACAGAUGCACCAACUGUCGGAAGCGCCACCCCAUCAUCUGUGACAUCUGUGUCUCAACCAAUUUUUCCCUCCCGUCAACCAAGCCUGGCUUCAAUUUCUAGACACGAGCGACCUGGCACUCCUACAAGUGAGGCUAUCUCGGAUAAUGCCUCGAUCACUUCGGCAUCACUUUCAAGAGCUAGUUCCCCUCCACCAUCCAAAGUCGGUUCGGCACCUGUAAGAAUCACGACCAAGAGCAAGCAGAAGAAGCAACGCCAAAAGGAAAAAGAAAGAUCAGAAAUGGAAGCCGCUGCUGCCGCCGCCGCUGCCAAAGUUGAGCCCGAAGAAAUUGCUCCAAUUAUGGGGCGCAAGAGAAAGCAACAGAAGGAAAAGCACAUCCAUAGUGCUGCUGGUGGUUCAACGCCAGCUGUCAGUCGGCCGCCGUCUCCAGGACCUAGUGAAUCGGCAUCCAAACCAGAAGAAGUUCCGUCCAAGGACGGACGAGCACAACCCAACCAGAAAAAUACAAUAGUUGAACCUGAGCCAGAAGUUUCCCGACCAACGCCAAAAAGCAAGGGCAAAGGUAAGCAUCGCAACCAGGCAGCUCCACCGCCACCUCCCACGCCAUCCGUCGAGGCCGUCAAAGAAAUAGACGAAGAAACCAAACAGGAGCCCGUACCGAAAAAGGCCCAAACAUCGUUGACCCCGCAGGUAGUUUUUGAACAGCUUGUAGAGUCUGGCCAAGUUCCUGCCGCGCAAGACCUAGCCUUGCUCAAGAACCCCGCCGCCUACGCGAAGGCCUCCUUCAACGACGAUUUGGACAACCACCCUGGUGCUGCCUUCCUGCAGAAGCUUACUAUCACACCAGAGGAUCGCGCCUCGCUACAAGCUGGAAUUCCUGUUCGCAAGAAUCAGGGAACGCCACAUAGCUGUAUGCUCACGCCAAAUGGCGACUAUGUCAGACAUCUGGCCCCACACGAGGAAAACCGCUUUCUCGAACUUCAGGAAGUGUUGGCAGAGGAAGCUGGACCUGCUGCCUUUGUUUCCACCAAGCACCAUGCUACUAACGGAUUUACAUUAAUCGGGGGACGUGCUGUACCGAACGGCCCACCUUCAUUUUUCCCUCCUCCAAAGGGCACUCCUGCCACACUUGACCCUGUCAGCAAAAUCCAACGUGACGAAGCUCUCAGCUACAUCAACCAAUACGUUCUUCCCUCACUCUCGACCAACUCACAGUUGGAGAAGGCGCUUAAUGCCAACGCUCUUGAUGCAGAGAUGCUUCGAUCCUCGGAUCCACUCAGUUUUCCCUCCUGGGGUAACGAUCCAGCCGGUCCUCGUGCAAGCAGCAGUCACGGAGACAUUUCACAAGAGGGCAUUUUGGCCACCGGUUUGGAGGGCAUGACGGCACGAUUUCGAGAAGGUGAUGGUGGACGACCACUUGGGAAUGUUUCAUUGCUUAGUUUUUCCGAGGCCGAGGUUGCGUUGCAGAGUGCGAGGAAGGAUGCGGAGGUUCUUGAUAAGAAGUUACAGGCUUUGAUCAAGAAGAAUCGUCGUCUUUUGCUUGGGACUGGUCAUUGA